GCUUGGCGUCGCAAGCCCCGCUCCUUCUCUCUCCUCAUGGAGGACUGUCUAGCUGGGGAGCUGGAGGGGCGGCCACAAAGUUUACUCCGCGGCGGCUGGACCCUUCGUACCUCCGCCGGCCGCCGGCCCGGGAGAAGCCAGCGGGAUCUUCCUCCCGGGAAGCGGCCUCUCCCGACCCUGUCCAGCCCGUGCCUCCGGCAGUCACCGCCAAAAUCUACCCCUGGCGGAAACCAGCUGUCACCUGGAAAUGCUACAGGGGGCCCGACGAACACUCCUUAACUUUCCUUCUGCGUUUUUAGGCGGAAAUAGGACGCAGAGGAUCGGGUUCCCGUUUUGCUGCCUAAUUUGGAGGCUCCAGUUUCCGCCGCUGCUUCUCUUGGGCGUCACUUGCCACGCCGUUGUCGGUUCUUUAUGGAGACCUAGCUUGCAAGGAAAUGCCAACCUUUCGCAUCUUUCCAGGAACAGGUCAAACCCCGAGCAGGGCUGUUGUGAAAGAGGAGCUAGAUUAGCUUCGUCUCUCGACUUCUGGACUCUCUCCUCUGAAAACUUCAUAGAUACAUCGUGGUCUAGUUUGGAGGUCUUGCUCACAUCUGGAUGUGAAGUGCUGGAAGAUAUUUUGGACCUUGAUUUAUCUGUCUCAGAAACAGAUGAUUUUAUCCAGCUUGUAAGUGGUAGAAAGAUAGUAUUUGGAGCCACUCCAUUGGCUCACAGAUAUGGCGGCCACCAGAAAUGGCAACGGCAGAGCCAUCCUUCGUUCCUCUGUAAGAGAAUUUCUGUGUAGUGAGGCUCUGCAUUAUCUUGGAAUUCCCACCAGCAGAGCUGCAAGAUGCAGUAGUGCUGUGUGUUGCAAAAUCCUGGUUUAGGAUUGGAUCAUUAGAAAUUUUGACUCAUUAUGGUGAACUGGAUUUACUAACAUUAGAAAACCAGUGUUUUUUUUUCAUGGUAGAAGACAGUGGGAAGAAACACUUGUUUAUGUGCUGUGAAGUUAAAAUAUUUUUGGUUUUCUUGAUGUUAUUAGACUUCAUCAUACAGGAGUACUUCCCCUUAGUAGAUGGAUUUUUUUUUUUUCUAUUGUGAUGUUUGAGACGGCACAGCUCAUUGCCUUGUGGAUGUCUGUUGGUUUUGCUCAUGAUUUUGUACCAAACACAUCUGAUGAUGAAAGAAGAUAUAAAAUAGGAAAUCAGGCCAAUAUUGGGAUGUUUAAUUUAAACAAGUUGUUACAAGUGCUAAACCCAUUAUUGAAUCCUAGGCAAAAGCAGCUUGCCACUCAGAUUCUUAAGGAGUAUCCCAUUCCUUAUUAUACAAGAUUUAGAGAACUGUUCAAAGUCAAAUUGGGAUUACUUGGAAAAAGUGAGGAUGAUGAUGAUUUAAUUGCAUUUCUCUUACAUCUCAUGGAAAAGACAGAAGCUGACUUUACAAUGACAUUUCGGCAGCUCAGUGAGAUCACUCAAAGCCAAUUACAGGAACUAGUCAUUCCUCAGGAAUUCUGGGCACUGAAAAUGAUCUCAAAGCACAAACUCUUUCCUGCCUGGGAGUCCCAGUACCUUUCGAGACUGAAGAGUAACAUCAAUGAUUCAGAUUCUGAAAGAAGAAAAAGAAUGACAGGAAAAUCCAUCUUCGAGACAUGAGGGCACAUUGACCCAAAGACGCGAAGAGAAGAGCACCCCAUGGCGCUGGAGAGAGAG